CAGUCGUCGAGGAUGCAAGCUCUGGAGGACUAUGAACGGCGAACGGCGGAUGAACGCCUGGAAUUCUUAGGCGCCUUGACAUCGCGACCUUUGCCGAGGAACAACAACUUGGACGUGUUCACCAUGCCACUCGCUGUUGACCAGUCCCAGCUUUUGAAACUCGACCCAGAUGAAAUCUAUCCACGCACGCUUCCGACUUUUGCGAGCACAGAAUUUCACGGCAGCAUGACCACCGAGCAGAUGAGCGCAGAGAGAAAACACAACGAAGAAUACUGUCGCAAACACUUCGAUAACCAUGUCACUUCAUCCAGUCUUACUGCUAUCCUGGAGAAACUGGGUGGGACUGCGUUUUCGACCAAAUUUAACGCUCUCAAGGGUAGUGCUUCGAGAACACUGCAAGAUCUGGGGCCUAAACGCGAAAAGCACCUGAGAGACAGCGUAUUGGGAGGGUUCAAGGCGGAAUCCCAGAACAAUCAGUGUGCGAAUUCUUCAGGAACACGACCACCUGAGAUAUACAUAAACAAUCGUUAUUGGUUAUCUGCUUUGGCUAGAAUUGCCCUUCCAGAGCCUUUACGGUCCCAGUCAGAAGUGAUGGAGUUCGUACCAGGCCCAGGGGACUACUUGCCACCGCAACGAGGCUACGAGAAACAGCGCAAAUACGAUGCAGCGCUUCGUCCUAGCGCCGCCGACUCCAUGACGAUCUUCAAUGUCCUCGUGAACAUUGAGUACACAUCAUUCGAUCCCCCGUCCUACACACACAACCCUCUGAUCGGCACUUCAGUUGAAAUAGGCAAAUAUCAACAGGCAAUCACGAAUGCCGUGGAUUUGUUGUCGAUGCAAGGCACUCGACUCUACAUCCCCACCCUGUCAUUCCAUGGCAAAGGCGAGAAAGCAAAGCUAUUUGUCUCCAUUCUGAACCAGGACCGUCUCGAGUUCACGGUCGUCGAGAACUGUCUUGGGACCAAUCUCCCCACUGUUUCUGCCAUUUUGGCUCUCUUUCAACAGGCGUCACUGUACGAACUCGGUUUCAAUCCGAUUUUUUCCUACAAGUUUACGAAAUCCGACUUCGGUUUCUUGAACGGCGAUGCCGUGCCCGGUGUUGCGCAUCUUCCUGACUGUGAUCCGAUUGAGCUAACGGGCAAAACUCUCUCUCCCCUGCGAAGCGUACCUUUCGGACGUUCAACACUUGUUCUGGAAGGAAAACAUAGAGUCUCCACCAAGAUUUGGGUUGUCAAGGUGACUUUCAUUCCGGAGCCUCGUGCAUGGAGGGAGAAAAUGGUUCUCGACGCUCUUUGUGCUACUAGUAUUCCCAAUUAUGUUCCAAACCUCGUCGGAUGGUUUGCAGCCGUUGGUUCGCGCAUUCCGUCCGAGUCAUCCGACGAGUCGCUGGCGCUAGGCACCCGGCGAAAACGUCGUGCAAAUCAAAUCUCUACUCUUUCACCUCUCGUACCUCGGCAUGUUGAGGCAAUGGCUUUCGAGUCGCCUUCCGAUACUCGCAAGCUCAAUGAUGUAUCUCUGUCGGUGACCGACCUAAUUAACGCUGCCGUCCAAAUCUUUUUGGCUCUAUUCGACGUAUUCAAUCGUGAAAUAAUCCACCGGGAUAUAUCCAUGGGCAAUAUACUGCUCACCGCCGAUGGAAUAUUGUUAAUCGACUGGGAGACUGGUCGCAGAUUCAAGUUGGAUUCACCACCACCAAGUGGGCCUGUUGGGGAGCGGAAAGUGACAGGAACACUUGAUACCAUGGCCUAUUACAUGCUCGACGGGAAGCAUAUGCCUCUUCCACACGAUGACCUGGAAUCGGCGGUUUACGUUCUUCUCAAAGCCUUGACCCAGACGUUCAAGAAUCCACUCGAAGAUCCUGAGUGGCAGCGAAAUUAUGCGAGGUUCAAAUGGGAUAAAGGCGAUAUCGGGAUUGAUGACUUGAAGCUUGUGCGGGACAAUUUGUGGAGUCAGAAAGGAAAGCGUGGCAUUAUUCAUGAUAUAAAACAAACAUUUCGAGAAGCAGAUGAACAUUGCGCAGUGCAGUUCAUUGAUGUCCUGCUCUCUAUGCCAUUGCCUCAAGAACGGUGGUCCUCUGAAACAAAACUAAGCGACCAUACUGGGCUGGAUGCAACCAACUAUGAUGCAGUUCACAAAUCACUCGACACAAUCAUCCAAGAUGUGGUCAAGAAAUUACGUGCACUUCUGGCCUGA